CACAAGACAAACACAAUCCACUCAUCACUUCACAUGAGUGUUUCUCAGGCAGCAAGUCGGAUGGUCUUUCCAGAGAUGGUCAGGUAGGUCUCAUGCCAUCUAUUUGCAUAGGUGACAACACCUGUCAAAAAAUGACCCUGUAGGUUGCUCUUUCUCCCUCGCCCAAUUAUCUAUUGGCCAAGCAAAUGCAUACUGCCUGCUAUUCAAAUUGCAGUGAAAUUAUUGUCCGGCCCCACCCAACAAAAGGCUUUAUGCAAUCAGUGAAUCAUCCCUCUAUACAACAGCACAAGGCUCACAGCUGCAAGCCACUUACACAGCCCUACUUAGGUGGCAACAGGAUCAUGGAAAAGGCGUGGACUUAGUAAGCGGACAGAACCGGAUUCGAUGAGGAUGAAGCGUGUUCUCCUUGUAGCGCUCCUUCACGUCCUCUUUGACUCGAGGAAUUUGUGUCUUUUGGGAUCGGUGAUUAGAAAAGAUACUACUUACAAUUUCGAGUUACCUUCAACCUGGCUGGAGGCCAGAGAACACUGCAGGUCACAUUCCGGGGAUUUAGCCUUACUAACUCAGCAGUCUGACGUUGACCUUCUUGACCCCUACAUUUAUCUGUCAUGGAUUGGCCUGUACAAGGCUGCAGACGGUGACUGGAAAUGGUCUGAUGGAAAAAGUUAUGAGAACGCGUGUUAUAAAUGGCUACUUGGUUGCGAGGAUAAUAAUGGAGACUGUGCAGCCGCCAACUCCACAGAGGGCUGGUGAGGCACCAUGUGGGUCUGGGACACGUCUUACCAGCAUUGGGGCUUGGAUCAUGGAAACUUGUAAACAUCAGUCCCAAGACUGUGAUGACAAAUUGUUCUUCUACUGCUCUAACGUGGACUCUACCAUCACAUUCGUACCGAUGGCCACAACGUGGGAGAACGCCCGGAAUUACUGCCAACAACGUCACAAAGAUCUUGUUACCCUGGAGAGUGGGACAACUGCCAACGAUCUUUCUGAUGAUCUAUUCUAUAUCUGGACAGGACUACACAGAGCUCAACCUGGUGCAGACUGGGAAUGGAGCAUUGGCCGUGCAGAUUAUGAGAACUGGGAAGAAGGGAAUGGGCCAGCAGAGGGGGACUGUGUUGGUCUCUCCAAUACGGAGAAUAGUAUGACUAACUUGGACUGCAAUUCAACAUGGCCCUUUUACUGCUACUUUGACAACCUGGUUUUGGUGAAGGAGAACAAGACCUGGGAGGAGGCACUUGAGCACUGCAGGGCCAUGGACUUGGUAGACCCCCAACGCAAUGAUCUGAUCAGCAUCAGUGGUCCAUUGGAUCAUCACACUGUGUGGUUCCGAAUCAACAAAGCCACAACAAACGAGGUUUGGACCGGUCUUCGCUACCUUGCUCACAAAUGGUUUUGGGUUGAUGGGACUGAUGUGCCAUACCUGAACUUGCCGACCUGUCCUGAUCUAGGGAAACAUUGUGGAACUGUUGAUAGGGACAACAGCACCAUACCCUGGAUUAUCAGAGACUGCAACGAAAAAAGAAACUUCCUCUGCUACAAGAAAUAUUGAUGAGUAUAUAAUAUGUAUAAUGUGUCAAGUGUUGUAUGCAAACAAACCUAUUAUGUAACUGAUACAACACUGAAAGCUUCACAGAAGGUUUCUGACAUUUCAUUCAGACGAUUGCGACAGAGGGAUUUAACUUUUAAUGCACAUCGUUGUGGUUUUAUGUGGAGGGGAAUACACUGUUGCCAGUUUACACCCUUUUGCUCACUACACAACACACUGGCUAGAUCAUGGUGGAGAUGUGAGGAAUACAACCUGGACAUGCAAAGUUUAUAUGUAGCUGAACAGAAACACUUUAGUGUCGUACUAUCCCAUCUAAAACGACUCCUUCAACAUCCGUGGAGAUGCUUGCUACUUUGCAAUUGUUUUUACAUGUCUAAAAGAUUAUGUGUAAAACUGCAGUCCUUUUUUCAGGAUCCUGGAUUCUUCAUGGUUCCUAUGAAGGGACUUGGUAUAUAAAACGUCCUUUUUCCAAAUAACUGAUCACUGGUUUUAUUUCCCAUGAACCUUGUUAGAAGUGGGAAGCCGGAACGAUAAUAAAAUAUAUAUUUUUAAUAAUACAAUUAUGGUGUUGGCCUGAAAAUCCAUGCUCACUGAUUUGUAAACCGUGCUCUCAGACAAAUCUGUGUUUUUGAAAUCUGUUCUCCGGGAUUUGGUUUGUUCCACACAGGGAUUCCCCAUGAAGCAUUGUGAAGUUGAACGCAAAUCUCACCGACAUUAAUUCUUGUGUGCUAUAGUCUAAAAGGGUGAUGCAUGAUGUAAACCAGGCCUAUUCAACUAGCG